UGGAGAAUCAUUAAAGAAAAUAUCUUGUCGAUUCUAGACAGCUACGUUGUAUCUGCUUGACCAUAACCACUGAACGCAACAACUCUUGAUCAGUGGCUACAGUGAACUCUCUCUCUAUUUGCUUACAGAGAGAGAAGGAUGGGAGUAAAGUCUGUCUUGUUAAAUUUGCUGCCAUUUGCAGCCAUGGUGAUGGUGGAAUGCCUUGAUGUUGGUUUGACCACACUGAGCAAAGCAGCCAUGUCCAAAGGGAUGAGCCAAUUUGUCUUUGUUGUUUACUCUAAUGCUCUUGCCACUCUUAUCUUGUUACCUUCUUUAAUCUUCUACAGAACAAAGAGACCACCAGUCACCUACUCCCUCCUCUGCAAGUUCUUCCUCCUUAGCCUUGUUGGGAUUACUUUGAUGCAGAAUUGUGUGUUCACUGGUGUAAGCUACAGUUCUCCUACCCUUGCUUCUGCUAUGGGCCAACUAAUCCCUGCCUUCACUUUCUUGCUUGCUGUUAUCUUCAGGAUGGAAAAGCUAGAUUGGAGAAGCUCAAGAAGUCGGAUCAAAAUCAUGGGCACACUGGUAUCAGUUUCAGGAGCUUUGACUAUAACCUUGUACAAGGGCCCUGCAAUAGGUGCCAUAACUACCCAAUCAAAUCCUGAUCCAAUCCCUUCCAUCAUGUCAACAGCAAAUUCUUGGAUCAUAGGAGGCCUCUUCCUUGUAACUGCUGAUUUAUGCGUUUCAAUAUUUACUACUCUUCAGGCAGCAAUUUUAAAAGAGUACCCUUCAGAGAUGGCCAUGGUCUCCUUCCUCUGCCUCUUUGGGACGAUUCAAAGUUCAAUAGUUUCCUUGAUUGCAGAGCGGAAUCCAAAUGCUUGGAAACUGAGGCCUGAUAUUGAGCUCAUCUCCAUCAUCUAUUCAGCUGUGGUUGGCAGUGUGGUGACGUUUGGUGUAACAGCAUGGUGCAUACGCAAGAAGGGGCCUGUUUUUGUGGCCAUUUUUAAACCUGUGGGGAUUGCUACUGCUGCGUUUCUGGGUGUUAUCUUUCUUGGCGACACACUUCAUGUUGGAAGUAUUGUUGGAGCAAUUAUAAUUGUUGCCGGUUUCUAUGGAGUGAUUUGGGCACAAUCCAAAGAGGACGAACAUAGUAAAGUAAACAGACCCAGAAACCUACAAUCACUGUCACAGAAGACUCCUCUCUUGGAGAGCCAUAUGAACGCCUAAACCAAUGUGAGUAGUUAUAAUACCUGUCUAGCUUGUGGACAAAACCCUAUAGGCAUUUUUCAAGUUUCUACAUUUUCGUUGUCGAAUAUUCCGUCAAGUGACCGUAUUCUAAUUCAGCACAAUCAAGUUUAGUACAUAGUUUUACUCA